AUGGUGUUGAAUGUUGUCAAGGGGACUAUCUUUGUGUUUCUCAUAGGACUUGGCGUUGUGGGGAACGUCCUUGUUCUUGUGAACUAUAUGGCCUUGUUUAGAAGCACCAUGAAAYCUACCCACCUCAUUCUCAUCCACUUGGCUUUUACAAACAUGGUAACACUUCUUACGAGAGGCGUGCCAAGGACAGUAUCCAGUUUGGGGUUGAGAAGCCUCGUAGAUGAUACAGCCUGUAAGGUGGUGGUUUACCUCAGCAGGGUGGCCCGGGGCCUGUCCAUCUGCACCACCAGUCUCCUCACAGUGGUCCAGGCCAUCACCAUCAGCCCCAGAGCCUCCAGGUGGAGGAGGCUGCAGCCCAGAAGUAUGAACACAUCAGAAGUUACUAGAAGUGAUAAUUUCUGUUAUUUUCAAUCUCAAAACUGGACAAUUGGAUGGAUUUUUAUUGYUCUCAUGGUYCUUCGAGACGCUGUGUUCCAGGGUGUCAUGGGCUGGACCAGCAGCUACAUGGUCKUCCUCCUCCACAAGCACCACCAGCAGGUGCUCCACCUUCAGACCUCCAAGCUCCUCCACAGAACCCCCCCUGAGGUGAAGGCUGYRAAGAGUGUCCUCCUUCUGAUGCUCUGCUUUCUCUUCUUCUAUUGGACAAAYUGUUUUAUGUCUUUAUAUGUMACUUUCUCCGUAGAGAAUAAUUUCAUAGAAGGAAGUGCUGUAGAACUUGUGGACCUGGGCUAUGCAAUCCUCAGUCCACUUGUGCUGAUUCACAGGGAUGGACRCUUGGCUGAAUGUCGGCACAUGUCUGUUUCAAUGGUUUUACAAUAA